AUGAGAAAAUUUGAUGCAGCUAAAGCUGUAUUUGAACAAAUUGAUACAAAUCGAGAUGGAAAUAUUGAUAAAAAUGAAGUUCGUCAAUGGGUUUCAAAUGCUGAAGGAUUGCCUUCUUCAUCACAUGAAUCAUCAACUAGUGAACGUAUUCUUCAUGAUAAUACUACUAGUCGAUUUGAUCGAAAUAAAUAUGAAGUUAGUUGUCAAAAUGCUUCGGAAUAUACAGCUGAUAAAUAUAUUUCAUGUGGAAGUACAGCAGUAGCUAGUGAGAUGAUUAAUGAUACGGUGAUUCGUACAAAUAGUUCAGAAGAAACGAAUCAAUAUCUUGAAAAAUCAGCUAAUAAUAUUUAUAAGGAUCCUAAUCCACAAAUUAUUCGACGAGCAACAACUGAAUGUCCAGUAACAUAUGAACAACGAGUUAGUGUUCGAUAUCUGCAGCCACCAGCUGUUCCACCACCAGGACCACUCAUUAUUAAAGAAGUGCGUCCACCACAAUCACCACCACCUCGACCACUUGUCGUACGCCAACAUGCACCACCUCUUCCUUCGCCACCUCCACUUAUCUUACGUGAACGGCCACCAACACCACCGACAUGUGUUCCUAGUGAAACGGUUACUCGCUGUUUACCUGCUAUACCUGUUCCACCACGAUCAGUUGUCAUCGAACGUAUUCCAUCUCUUCCAGAAAAACCACGUAAACGAAUUAUCUUCAGCGAUAUUAUAAUUGAACGAUGGAUUCCCUAUGGACCUCAACCUGAACGUCGUACAAUUACUGAACGCGCUCCUCCUGCUAUAAUAUAUCCAGAACCACGUAAUAGGGUUGUUGUUUAUGAAGCUACUGAAGCACGUACAGUCCGAAAAUUUCAAAAUCUUGGUGUUGUUCAAGAAAAUCCUGCCGAUUAUGUAGUUCGUUAUGGAACAUCACUUUUAGAUACAGCGACACUUGUUCAACAGGCUCGUAAUGCUGGUGUUAUUGAAGAUAUAUCACCUCCAGUACUAUCAUCUUCAAUGUAUACAAAUAUACGCGGAAAUACUGAUUUCGGUCAGUCAAAUGAAAUAAUCAGUCGAGAUUUUUCAUUAUCAGGUGGAACUGGUUGUGCAGGAACUCAACUAGCUACUGGUACACAAGGUAUUAAUCGUGGUAAUACAAGUUAUUCAUCAUCAGCAUCGAACUGCAUUGGUGAUAGUGCUGUAGCUAUCAAUGUUCGUAUAACCCUAAGUGGAUUUCAUGGUUGUGAUGCUAAUCUUACCGCUACUGAUACUUACCGUGAUAGACAAUUAAAACAAGAAGAAUUUCAACGAUAUAUUUAA